GAAAAGACAUUGACAGCCCAUCAGCGAGUUGGGUCCAGUGAGGAGCUGGAGGAUUACAAUGGACAGACUGACCUCCAGGGGACCACCUGGCCAUCCUCACCAGAAGGUCUCUUCUUGCUGCCAACUCACUGUGAGAGUGCUGGAGGCCCGGAACCUUCGCUGGGCAGACCUGUUGAGCGAGGCAGACCCAUAUGUGACCCUACAGCUGCCAACGGCCCCUGGAAUCAAGUUCAAGACCAAAACAAUCACCAACUGCAAUCAUCCAGUGUGGGAUGAGGCCUUCAGUUUCCUGAUUCAGAGUCAAGUCAAGAAUGUUCUGGAACUGACUGUCUAUGAUGAGGACUCGGUCAAGGAGGAUGAUGUCUGUCUCCUGUUUCACUAUGACCUGUCAGAAGUCCUCCCUGGCAAGCUGCUCCGAAAGACCUUCUCCCAGGGACAGGAGGAACUGGAUGUGGAGUUCAUGAUGGAAACCAUGUCGGAUCACCCAGAAACCCUCAUCACCAACAAUGUCCUUGUGGCCAGAGAGCUCUCCUGCCUGGAUGUUCAUCUGCACAGCACAGGAGACACUGCUGAAGUAGCAGACCAGGAAAAACUGGAGCUGGACCUGGAACUGAAGGGAUCCUAUGAAGGCAAGCAGACUUUGACACUGGACACAGCCCCUUUACGUUUUCACCACCUGGCAGCCCAGGAAACAGAGCUGAGCACAUGCCUGAGGAGCUCCAAAAGCAGUGGCUGGUUCUCAGACAACUCAGCAGGGCACCUCACUGUGCCCCUCAAAUCCUUGGCCAGAGAGAAGGAAGUAACCAUUGAUGUUCCUGCUACAAAUGUAAGUGACCUCAACAUGCAGCUCAAGGCUGAGAGCUGCUCUGAGGAGCUGGCUGUGCACUUGGGCUUCGAUUUGUGUGCUGAGGAGCAGGCAUUCCUGAGCAAGAGGAAGCAGGUGGUGGCCAAGGCUUUGAAGCACGCCUUGAAGCUGGACAGAGACCUGCAGGAAGAUGAGGUCCCCAUCGUGGGCAUUGCAGCUACAGGAGGAGGUGCCAGGGCCAUGACCUCCCUCUAUGGCCAUGUGUUAGCUUUGCAAAAACUCGGCCUCCUGGAUUGUGUGACCUACUUCAGUGGCACCUCGGGCUCUACAUGGACAAUGGCCCAUCUCUACGCAAACCCUGAGUGGUCACAGAGUGACCUUGAAGGACCCAUCAGUCAUACUCGGGAGCAUCUGGCAAAGAGCAAGCUUAAGACCUUCUCCCCUGAGCUCCUAGCAAGAUACCACCAGGAACUGGAGCAACGGAGAGAGCAAGGCCACUCCUCUACCUUUGUGGACCUCUGGGCCCUAAUGCUGGAGCAUAUGCUACAUGGCCAGGUGAUGGAUCAGAAGUUGUCAGGACAGAAAGCAGCACUAGCACGGGGCCAGAACCCUCUUCCUCUCUACUCCAGCCUCAACGUCAAAGAGAACAGCCAGGAGACACUUGACUUCAAAGAAUGGGUGGAAUUCUCCCCCUACGAAGUAGGGUUCCUGAAGUAUGGAGCCUUCGUCCCUCCUGAAAUCUUUGGCUCUGAGUUCUUCAUGGGGCGUCUAAUGAGGAGGAUCCCCGAGUCCCGCAUCUGUUUUCUGGAAGGUAUCUGGAGCAACGUUUACUCCCUGAAUCUGCUGGAUGUCUGGUACAACAUCACUAGCUCUGGGGAAGCCUGGAAGCAACACAUCAAGGCAAAGAUCAGGAAGCUGGAGGAAACCCCUGCUUCCUCGGGGGCCUCCUCGAGGACCUCCUCAUGGCUGGAGGCCUCAUGGCUGCAGCCUGGCACAGCACUGGCGAAUGCACUGAGGGGAUUCCUGACCAACCGACCUCUGCAUCAUCAAGGCUCCAACUUUCUCCAUGGGCUCCAGUUGCACCGAGACUACUGUUGUCAGAAGCCCUUCUCCACCUGGGCAGACAGCCAGUUGGACUCCUGCCCCAGGCAACUGACCCCCCAGGAACCCCAGCUGUGCUUGGUGGAUGCCAGUUACUUCAUCAACACCAGCUGCCUCUCCCUGUUCCGGCCUGGCCGCAAGCUGGACCUCAUCCUCUCUUUUGACUACUGCCUGAACGCACCCUUUGAGGCACUGCAGCAGACUGAGCAGUACUGCCGGGCCCAGGGCCUGCCCUUCCCACGUGUGGAGCCCAGCCUGCAGGAGCAACGCCAGCCUGCCCAGUGUCACCUCUUCUCAGACCCCGACUGCCCUGAGGCCCCUGUUGUGCUGCAUUUCCCACUGGUCAACGCUGCUGAUGGCCCUCACAGCUCUGCAGAGCUUCCUGCUGGCAAGGCGGAUCUCACUAGCAUCAACUCACCAUAUGCCCUGUGCAACAUGACCUACAAGGAGGAAGACUUUGACUGCCUGCUGCAGCUCAGUGAGCACAAUGUACGGAGCAGCCAAGACUCCCUCCUGCAGGCCUUAAGGAUGGCGCUGGGACGCCGGACCAGGGCCCCACAGGCGCAAACUUGAGGUUGUUCAAGGGC